AUGCCAGUUCCUUCUGGACAACAUUUAAUUCCUAUAGAAGCCCUUGCCGAGUAUGAAAUUCGUGAAUUACUCUUGGAUGGGCAGGAAAUACUCGAAAAACCUUUAACGCCAGUCGCAAACUUCCAAAGAAUCGUCAAUCAACUAGACUUUUCUGAGGAUUCUAGCCCUGAAGAGUUGGAAUUACCGUCUAGGAACGUCAUAUCUCCAAAAAUAUGGGAAACUGUUAAAGAAACAAUGCGUACGACGAUGAUCGAAAUCAAUGCACUGGUAGAUGUUCUUGGCAUUAUCAAAGAGGGAAAAUAUUUGGCGCUUAAUCCUGUUGCUGAUGAUCCACUUGAAACCAAUCUUCCUUUGAUUUUAUCUGGAAAAAAAAGAUCAAUCGCUGCAGCUGCUGAUAUAUUGAUAAAGGGGGCUGAACGUCUUCGUCGAAGGCAUAGCGAAUUGGCUGAUGCUAGAAUACGACGUUUUAAUCCAUCUAUGCUGCAACAUUCCGACUUGCCUCACAACUCCUUUCAUAUGGCAUUAAUGCAUCUACGUCAAGAGUGGAGAUUAAAACUUUACCAAAAUUCAAUUUUAGGUGAUGUCAGUUUACGGUCAGUUGGUUCUCACUUUAAGGAAUGUGGAAAUUUUGAAAUCCGAGAGUCCGACAUAUUUGCUGACCAGAAACUGAAUGUAGAUUCAAAGGAUCAAAAAAAUGUGGAUCCACUAUCCGGAGUAACGGUAAUUUUCUCGCAGUCCAUGGAGGCCCUUUUAAAUGUGUCACGUGGGUCUGGUGGUUUAAGUGUUAGAUUCGUCAAAUCAGAUGUCGAUUCUCAGUCUACAUCACUGCUGAAAGCUGUAUGUAGUGAACAACAACAGGUUGAAAAUCUACAACCACUCACCCAGAGGCAGAAAUUGUUCAAAGCGCAAAGAUUGUUAGAAUGUCGAGAGAUUCUAUUUCAACUUGCUUAUGAAGCAUGUAACUCAAGAGGACGCAACUAUCUCGUCGAUUCUAUUGCCUGUGUAACUCAAGAAGAGAUUGUAGCCACAUUAUUCCCCGGAGUACAGAUAUCUAUAUCUCUUAACAUGAAAUCAAGUUUAAAUGAAGACGAUUCAGAUUGUGUGAAGGCUGAACUAGUAGAUAAAAGGCCAUCAGAUAACUCGACUUCCAUUGAUAGUUGCUCAAAUUCUUUACAUAUACAACUGCAUCGUAUGUUAGCAGCUCAACAUCGUACGGCCUGGCCAAAUCUUGCCAGUUUGCCCCAACCUACGUGUGGUCCUGUACAAGUUCCGUUAUAUUAUCGUGCAGCUGGCGCAGAUGGAUUACCAGCUUCAGAGUUUUCAUCAUCAUUGCACGACUCGAGUUCUUCCUCUGGAUGUUCUGUUGCUGUUGCCAGUGUUUCCGGCUUUGCUGCUCAAGUUGCUUCUGCUUGGUCUUCUCUUCUUGCUUCUGGUAGAAGUCAUCUAAAUAGUGUUGAUAGAACAGAUGUUUACAGCCAGCGUUUACAGCAUACUUACGCUGGCCAAGAUCGCCUAUCAAUGUUUACUGAAUGGGGACAUUCUCUUUCAAGUGGAAAUCGUGCUUCCAGUUCUGUAGACGACUCAGUUCCUGUUUCUGCUAGCUUAACUGCGAUAGAACACGCCUUGUUAUCUCGAGGUGCUGAUGAUAAUGCACUGAAGACUGUAGUUGGGACAAAUUUAUCUUUAUUUAGCCGCACCAUCAGAAUGUGUCGACAUUAUUAUCUUCGAGAUCAGGUAUACGACAUCAUAUCCGAGUUUUCCAGACAUUCUCCGGUUAAAAUUAUCUCACAUUGGGAUUGUUUUAAUUCAGCUUACGAAACAUCAGUGAGAUUGUGUUUCUACUGUACAGAUUAUGAUGCUUACCGAACGUGGAUAGGUGUAACGGUUAAGUCCAAUGGUAUUUCUGUGUCAUAUUCUGACGCCCCACGGAUCUAUCGUAUAGGCACAGAUUUGAAAAGACUCAAAGAUAUUUUGAAGAACCAGGUCUUGCACGCGCAAAUGAAUUAUUUGGAUAUACUAGCCAUAAAAAUUCUUGGUUGGGUACGUUUAGGCAAUAAUCCAUUCUCAGGAAUACCUAAUCCCGAAGAAACUACUGAUAGUCCAGUUGUUGUGAAGAUUUUCGCCUCACCGUCGGGUGAACACUUGGUUUGCUUACGAGGAAGUGCUGGUGUAGGCAUACAGUUAUUUAUAAACAACCGUGCUUCACGAGACGAUCAGUUACCUGCUGGUCAGCGUGAUGUAGUUUUGAAUGAGAACUAUCGAGAAGUCAUUCUUUCUUCUAUGUAUGGGAAACAUUUGGUGGCUAAGGUGGAAGCAAUUAUGACUUUACUAUCAUAA